CCAUGUGCACACUCGUGCAUCUCGAUGCUGAAUCAUCAGCCUUGCUCAUCACAGGGGGGAUCCGACAGGGAUGCUGGCUGCUACUUAUCGGCCUCAAACACAGCGCUACUGUAUAUACAGCGUAUAUCUAUAGUAUAUAGAGAAAGAUGACGAUUAAAUUCUACAUGACUACGGUGGCUACUAACCGGGAGAUAUACAUAAAACAGAAUCGAAUAAAACUGAUUCUGGACGGCAAGAAGAUCCCUUAUGAGGAGAUAGACCUGAGUAAGAACCAGGAGGUCCGGGAGGAGAUGCGGGCCAGGGCCGGGAUACCCGACUUAUUACCUCCCCAGAUAUUUAAUGGAGACACGUAUUGCGGGGAUUUCCAAGCUUUUGACGACGCAAAUGAGGACGGAAGACUGUUGGAAUUUCUUCAGUUAAAGUGAUGUAUGAAACGGAGGAGAGUGCAGAGUGGAGGAAUGAAAGAAAUCAAAAUACAGAUACUUUACUAGCCAAUCCCUUUUAUAAGACAGCAUUCACUGUCAUAAAGUUAUUACGUCAUUGUGGAUUUUAUAUUGUUUAUGUCGAUUUGUAAUUUUAUGUAAACAAUGUAUUCAAUAUA